AUCGAGCUAUCUGGAAACAAAACAGAGGCGGGCCGGUAUAAAGAGCCUGUUUGUCGGCCAUGUGACCGACAGGUGGGGCUGAAGGACCGCGUCAGGGCCAUCCAUCCACUGUGUUUACAUCGCCAUGGAAACACGAUAAGAUUUGCUGACUUUCUGCGUCUUCACUGAACCAUGGGCAAAAUGGACCGAAGAUUUGAUGAAACAGAAACGUUUCCGGCUUUCAUCGUUUCAUCUCAAUUACCAACAACAUACCAAAGAGUGGUGAAAGCAAAUCAAGAAGUUAAAGGAUUUUCAUCUCAAGCUAGGAGAUUCCCCUCAAACAAAUGUCUGAAUGAAAGUCCAGGACCAGGCAGUCAUGGAUCUAUUUCCAGUGCUGAAGUCCAAAGUCCCUCCUUCUCCAAGAAAGGCACCACAGGCUUUGUUGGAUACAAGACUACCAGGGGUCCUGGUAACCCACAGAGAUGCACCCCAGGACCGAAUGCCUACACCCUGCCAAGCUCCUUGGUAAACAAGAACAAGUUCAACGUAGGAGUCUCCAGGGUGUUCAGGCUGCCCGUGGCUGUGCAGAAGGAGGGUCCGAAGCACCCAACUCCAGCCCCAAAUCAAUAUGAUGUCCGUUAUAGCAGCAGAGGGGGCUUCUCCUCAGGGGUUGGCACAUCAACUUUCCUGUCAAAAACUAAACGGGACUCUAUAAACAAUGAUUUGCCAUCACCAUGCCACUAUGAAGUACGCUGCAAUAUAAUCCAGCAAAGCUCCAAAGCAGUCGUGUCCCCUUUCAAAUCAAAAACUCAGAGAAUCCCUCCUCUGGUUGACAACCAUGUACCAGGCCCAGGAGCCUACAGCCCCCAUCAGCCCCCUGCACCGGUGAAGAAGACCAUUCUGCCGAGAGGAUUUUAUUUGGCAAUAUCAGCACCUCCUCUGAUUGUCCCUAAGGACCCUCCCUUUCCAGGCCCGGGGCAUUAUGACAUAAGGGAUAAAAACUGCCUGUAUCCCAAGCCAACUGCAGCGUUUGCAUCCAGAACUGAAAGGACACCCCGAGACUCACUGGGCGGCAUGACGCCAGGACCAGGUUUCUACGAUCCACAGAUUUUGCCAAAGCAGUCCUUCUUUUUUAACGACUCCAGAGUAUGGCUUCCUGUAUGAAACGUUCAAGGUCAUCUAUACUGCAGAUAUGUACAUUUCUCAGACACAUGAACUGUGAUUAUCUGUUUCAAAAUGCUUCUAUGCAAGGUAUGUGUUUCUAAGUAUUUGUCGAGAAGAAACAAUGAAAAUUAAAUGUUUG